UCCUCCAGCCAGUUUGUGCAGCGGCCCCAGCCCACCACCACCCUCUACAACCAUGUCUUCCAGGUCCGUGUCCUCGUCCUCCUACCACAGGAUGUUCGGUGGUCAGGGCAUCGCCAGCCGGCCGAGCUCCAGUCGGAGCUACGUGUCCACGUCCACCCGCACCUACAGCCUGGGCAGCGCUCUGCGCCCCAACACCAGCCGCAGCCUCUACACCUCGUCCCCGGGCGGCGUGUACGCCACGCGCUCCUCCGCGGUGCGCCUGCGGAGCAGCGGGCCCAGCGUGCGGCUGCUGCAGGACUCGGUGGAUUUCUCGCUGGCCGACGCCAUCAACACCGAGUUCAAGAACACUCGCACCAACGAGAAAGUGGAGCUGCAGGAACUGAAUGACCGAUUCGCCAACUACAUCGACAAGGUGCGCUUCUUGGAGCAGCAGAACAAGAUCCUGCUGGCCGAGCUCGAGCAGCUCAAGGGCCAGGGCAAGUCGCGCCUGGGGGACCUCUACGAGGAGGAGAUGCGGGAGCUGCGCAGGCAGGUGGAUCAGCUCACCAACGACAAGGCCCGCGUGGAGGUGGAGCGCUAUAACCUGGCCGAGGACAUCAUGAGGCUUCGGGAGAAAUUGCAGGAGGAGAUGCUUCAGAGAGAGGAAGCCGAAAGCACUCUGCAAUCUUUCAGACAGGAUGUUGACAAUGCUUCUUUGGCACGUCUUGACCUGGAGCGCAAAGUGGAGUCCUUGCAAGAAGAGAUUGCCUUUUUGAAGAAACUACACGAAGAGGAAAUUCAGGAGCUGCAGGCCCAGAUUCAGAAUGACCAAAUCGAUAUGGAUGUUUCCAAUCCUGCACUCACGGCUGCCCUGCGGGAUGUCCGUCAGCAGUAUGAAAGUGUGGCUGCCAAGAACCUUCAGGAGGCAGAAGAAUGGUACAAGUCCAAGUUUGCUGACCUCUCAGAAGCUGCUAACCGCAACAACGAUGCCCUGCGCCAGGCGAAGCAGGAGUCCAAUGAGUACCGGCGGCAGGUGCAGUCCCUCACCUGUGAAGUGGACGCGCUUAAAGGAACUAAUGAAUCUCUGGAACGCCAGAUGCGUGAAAUGGAAGAGAACUUUGCUGUCGAAGCUGCUAACUACCAAGACACCACUGGCCACCUGCAGGAUGAGAUUCAGAACAUGAAGGAAGAAAUGGCUCGCCACCUUCGUGAAUACCAAGACCUGCUCAAUGUUAAGAUGGCUCUUGACAUUGAGAUUGCCACCUACAGGAAGCUGCUGGAAGGCGAGGAGAGCAGGAUUUCUCUGCCUCUUCCAAACUUCUCCUCCCUGAAUCUGAGGGAAACUAAUCUGGAUUCACUCCCUCUGGUUGACACCCACUCAAAAAGAACACUUCUGAUUAAGACGGUUGAAACUAGAGAUGGACAGGUUAUCAAUGAAACUUCUCAGCACCACGACGAUCUUGAAUGAAAACUGCACACAUGCGUGCAGCAAUAUAUUACCAGCAAGAAUAAAAACGAAAUUCAUAUCUUAAGGAAACAGCUUUUAAGUGCCUUUCUGCAGUUUUUCAGGAGCGCAAGAUAGAUUUGAAAUAGGAAUAAGCUUAGUUCUUAACAACAGACACUCCUAAGAGAUUUAGAAAAAAAAAAGUUUACAUCAUAAUCUAGUUUACAAAGAAGUCUUGUGCUAGAAUACUUUUUAAAAAGUAUUUUUUGAAUACCAUUAAAACUGCUUUUUUCCAGCAAGUAUC